ACAUCAAACAAACAAACCCCUCCAUUGCAUUAUUCUCUUUCUCACACACACACUCUCUCUCUCUCUCUCACACACACACCUACACCAACACUCUCCAUCAUAUCUAAUCUCAAAUCUACCUAUUCCUAUCUAUCUGAACAGAGCAGAGGAGAGAGAAACACACUCGCAACACAAAAGGGUCUGUGUUUGUUCUCUUGAAAAGUCCAGCUUCCACCUCUAGGGUUCCUUUGCUUCCAAUUUUUGCAUAAAAAUAUUAUUUUUAUAUUAUUUUUCUCAAAAAAGCAACACACCCUUUUCCUUACCGAUCUUGUCCUCUUUCUCUUUCUUGCCGUAUGUUCAUGUUUUUCUGGGCAUGAAGCUUUUUCUGGGAGAUUAAGAUAAGGAAAAGUUGAGAAUUUUGAUAACCAGCAGCUGAAUUUACAGAACUAAAUUAUAGCUUCCUUCAUCACGUUGUCCAACAGCUUAUUCAGGAGCAAGGGAAGAGGCAGUUUACAAAUGGGUUACUUGUGUGAUUUUUGUGGAGACCAGAGGUCUUUGGUGUACUGCCGCUCUGAUGCUGCGUGUUUAUGUUUGUCGUGUGAUCGAAAUGUUCAUUCUGCUAAUGCCCUUUCUCGGCGUCAUUCGAGAACCCUCUUAUGCGAGAGAUGUAAUUCACAACCUGCAUUUGUGAGGUGUGUUGAAGAGAAAAUUUCACUUUGUCAGAAUUGUGAUUGGUUGGGUCAUGGUACCUCACCGUCUUCGGCACACAAGAGGCAAACAAUCAAUUGCUACAACGGCUGCCCUUCGGCUGCAGAAUUUUCUUCAAUAUGGUCCUUUUUCUUAGAUAUCCCUUCCAUGGGUGAAGCAUGUGAGCAGGAACUAGGUUUGAUGAGCAUUAAUGAGAACAGUAAUAAGAGUGCUUGGGUUCCUCCAGAAGGCCAGAAUGUGUCUGGUUCAGCUCAAGUGGCUGAUCUUCCCAGCAAGGAUAAGUCUUGUGCUGGCACAUCUUCAAUGCCUGAGUUGAGCUCAGAACCCCGUAUUCUGGAUCAGCCGCCUGGACCAGCAAAUGAAUGUGUGCCCAAGUUGUACUGUCCUGGUAAGAAAGUUUCUGGAAUAUGUGAAGAUGAUGAUCUAUAUGAUGAUUUUGCCAUGGAUGAAGUGGAUCUAGAACUUGAGCACUAUGAGGAACUUUUUGGUAUGGCUCUCACUCACUCUGAAGAGCUUUUUGAAAACGGUGGAAUUGAUAGCUUAUUUGAGACAAAGGACAUGUCUGCUAGUGCUGGUGAUUCCCAUUGUCAGGGUGCUGUUGCUGCUGAGGGGUCAUCUGCUGGAUUGGUCAAUGCUAUGCAACCAGCCUGCAGCAAUGCAGCAUCCGCAGAUUCAAUGUUGAGUACAAAAACUGAACCAAUUGUUUGUUUUACGGCAAGGCAAUCUCAAUCAAACAUUUCAUUUUCUGGUGUUACCAAAGAUAGUGCUGGUGACUAUCAAGAAGACUGUGGUGCUUCUUCAAUGCUUCUCAUGGGAGAGCCUCCCUGGUGUCCUCCUUGCCCCGAGAGUUCUCUGCAAUCUGCUAACCGCAGCAAUGCUGUCAUGCGCUAUAAGGAAAAGAAAAAGACCCGGAAGUUCGAGAAGAAAGUAAGGUAUGCCUCUCGCAAGGCUAGGGCCGACGUCCGAAAGCGUGUGAAGGGCCGGUUUGUUAAAGCCGGUGAAGUCUAUGACUAUGACCCUUUGAGCCAAACCAGAAGCUGCUGAGUGUACAACUUUUAACCAUGUCCUAUAAAAGGAAAGAAACACUCGUAUAGUUGCAAAAGAAAAAGUAACUCUUACCUGAAAAAAUGGAUGAAAUUUGAUGCAUUGUUUCUCAAUGCAAUGACAAGCUGUCUGAUUUUAUCACAGGGCCAUAAGGGGAAGAAGGUUGUAAUCAGGCCCUAUCCAAAUGAAUUGACAGUGUAAGCUCAGGAGCACAUUGUGUGUCCUUCACUGCAAUGGACACAUCCCAGGUGACAUGAAAGAAUCACAAAUUGCCCCCCUUCAGGCAAUGUUUCAUGAGAUUUGCUUAACAUCAUGCCAAAUCCUGCUUCUUAAUUCUAAUCUAAUGCAACAUUCUUUUUUAAGUCCUUUGAUCUUGCUCAUAGUUACUUUGUCAUAUUUUAUGUCAACUCCUCACUGAUCCUAAGUCACAUGUACAAGUGCCUAUGAUAAGUGGCUCAAUUUGAUAAUCCUAGACAAUCUACACUGUUGUAGGCUGUAAUAUUUUGUCCCUCACUCUUUGCCAUGUAUAGUGCAUAAUUGCCCAACAGUUCCUUAGGUAUGACAAAUUGUAAAUUGAAUUCCAAGGUUAUUUAUGUAUAGAAUAGUAGGAUGCUAUUAUGUUGAUGGUCCCAAACAUUCUGUAUUGGACAUGUAUCAUGUAUCCAUAAAAGUUUUGUUUGUAUUUUAUUGAGUGCCAUGGAUUCACUUCAAUUACAUGGCGUUUUUACUUCAA